AUGACUGGGUCUUGGGGUGAUGUCUGCGUUCAUUGCGUAGAGCUCCUUGCUCGGGUUCCUCUCCAUGUCACCUUGACUGCGGUCUUUGCUAGUGUAGUGGGAUUGUUUGUCUUGUUCUAUACCCUCCUCUACCUCGUCGCGCCUAUCCCCCGCCAGUCCUUCCCGGAAGAAAAGAAAUACAGAACCCUUGCGAAAGAUGGAUCGACCACGAAACCUGAGCCGCUACCCUGCUGGCACGAUGCCCUCGUCGACUCCAAGAAAAAAUCAGGCCGGAUCCUCGACUCGCCGAAAGUCGAACCAGCGGAAUUGUUCAUGUCUGUGGUAGUCCCGGCUUACAACGAAGAGGGCCGUCUAGGAGGCAUGCUGGAAGAAGCAGUGAACUACCUGGAACGAAUGUACGGGACAUUGGCUACGAAUAGUGACCGCGACGCGACAGCGACAGCGACUAGUGACCAGAAGAACACAACCCGACAGCGAAAGUCAGGAAAGCGCCAAGGAUCAAUGUGCGAAGAGCAGAAAGGAUGGGAGAUACUCAUUGUCUCGGACGGAUCUAAGGAUAAAACGGAAGAAGUGGCGUUCAAGUUUGCGCGGGAUCACCAGCUUUCCCUGCACCCCAAGGGGUACGCCGGUCCUUGGACGCCCAGGCCACAGGAAGGUGUUCCUAUCCCUCCUGGCGCGAUUCGGGUGGUGACCAUCACCCAAAAUCGAGGAAAAGGAGGUGCAGUCACGCAUGGUUUGCGGCAUGUCCGGGGUCAAUACGUGGUAUUUGCGGAUGCGGAUGGCGCGACCAAAUUCGAUGACCUGGGCAAGCUCGUCGAUGCGAGUAAGGAGAUCGAGGAUGCCGGUGGACGGGCCGUGGCUGUGGGCUCCCGAGCACACAUGGUUGGCAGCGAAGCUGUGGUCAAGCGCUCGAAAUUACGAAACUUUCUCAUGCACUCUUUCCACCUGAUCCUCUGGCUAUUGACCCCAGCCAAGACGGCCACGAUCAAAGACACCCAAUGCGGAUUCAAGCUGUUCUCGCGCGCCUCUUUGCCUUAUAUCGUCCCAUACAUGCACUCGGAAGGCUGGAUCUUCGACGUGGAGGUGCUCAUGCUAGCGGAAUUCGCGAGGAUCCCCGUGGCAGAGGUAGCCGUCGGGUGGCGCGAGGUCACGGGGAGCAAGCUGAAUGUGAUCCGCGAUAGUAUUGGGAUGGCCUGGGGCCUAGCCGUGCUCCGAGCUGCCUGGUCAUUGGGAGUAUAUAGACGGAGCUAG